AUGAUAAUACGACAUCGUUAUGGAGAGUGGAAAGCAAGAGCCAAGAAAACGGCGGAGUCCACAACGGUUGAUAGUAGAUUGCAUCUCCAUCUGUUUGUGCUUGACAAUUGACACAUCAGAAGGGAACAGAACAAGAACGAGGAACCUCUUUGUGUGUGUGUCGUGAAUCUGAGUCAUGGGUAGCAGCGAUUUGAGGUACGAGAUUGCACAAAACGCUUACAUCAAGGUCGUGCUUCACUCUCUUAAACACCCCACCUCCGCCGUCAACGGUGUCUUGAUCGGCCGUAUUUCCCCUUCAAACGAUGCCGUUGAGAUCGUCGAUGCCGUCCCUCUCUUCCACUCUCACAUCCCUCUUCUCCCCCAAUUGGAGAUCUCCCUCUUGCUGAUAGAGGAAUAUUUUUCUGCGAAAGGGUUGAACAUAGUUGGCUAUUUUCAUGCGAAUGAGAGAUCUGAUGACUGUGAGCUUUCUGGUGUGGCGAAGAAUAUUGGUGACCACAUAUGCCGAUACUUUCCCCAAGCUGCUAUUCUAUUGUUAGAUAACAAGAAGCUUGAUGCUUUGAAAAAGAGCAAGGACCGUAGUGCCAUAAUGCAGCUUUAUGUUAGGGAUACAUCUAAGAACUGGAAGUUGGUUCAGUCAGACGGGAACAAUCGAUUCUCUCUCAAAGAACCAUCGGCAAAUCUAGUCUUAUUGGACUAUAUUGAAUCACAGAAAUGGAGUAACAUUGUAGAUUUUGAUGAUCACCUUGAUGACAUAAGCAAGGAUUGGCUAAACCCAGGGCUCUUCAACUGAUCACAGCCCUAGUUGUCUCCAUUUUUGCCCAAUUUACUUUGCAAGUGGAAGAUGUUUAGGCUUAUUAUGGUGCAUACGCUGGAUUCUUGAUGAUGAACAAUUAGAAAAUAGAUUUUGACCUUUGGAACGCUGUUUCAUUAAACUUUUUCAGAUGCAUAAUAAGCAGGAUAUUUACCACCCGUCUGUGAAGGAUUUUGGUUGCAGAGCCAAUUUUUUUUUAUUGGAUGUUAUAUAUUAUUAUUGAUGUUAUUGCUUUGCAUGUGAUGAACUUUUACUUGGUAGAAACAAAAGAACCCAUGUCCUCCGUUAUCUUAGUUAAUCCAUUGGUUUGCU